AUGACUAUUAGGAGAGACAAGGUAGAAGCUGGUGGAGGAAUACAUCGGAUUGGUGGCGGUAAUUGCGUUCCAGGUAUCGCAUUUCCCGCAAAUUAUUGAACAUGAGCGAACGACGAACACAUCAUAUUACUUUCACAGAACAGAGUGUGAACGCAAAAAGGAGAAUAAACUGGGCACACCCCAAAGCAUUGUUGACACCAGGGUAGACAGCAAAGGGGGUAUCUCCAUCAGUGUCAACAAUACAAGCGACUUGGUAGCACUUUCCGCUGGUGGUCAAGUGAUUGGGACCCUGAGAUUGAGGGCAGACCUCCCCGGUGCUUGGGGGACCACCCUAAGCUCGUUUUGCGAGUCUAGAGCGGUUUGA